CAGUCGGGCACCGCAGGGAGGGCCGGAGGCUGGAGCGCCCGCCGCCCGCCUGCCCGCCCGCCGCCCGCGCGUAAAAUGGUCACCUCGGCUGGACAGCUCGCCCUGUUCGCGCUGGGUAUCGUGUUGGCCGUGUGUCAAGCUCUAGAGAACAGCACGUCCCCUCUGAGCGACCCUCCUGUGGCAGCAGCAGUGGUAUCACAUUUUAACGACUGCCCAGAUUCCCACACUCACUUCUGCCUCCAUGGGACCUGCAGGUUUUUGGUGCAGGAGGACAAGCCAGCAUGUGUCUGCCAUUCUGGGUACGUCGGUGCACGCUGUGAGCACGCGGACCUCUUGGCCGUGGUGGCCGCCAGUCAGAAGAAACAAGCCAUCACCGCCUUGGUGGUGGUCUCCAUUGUGGCCCUGGCUGUCCUCAUCAUCACAUGUGUGCUGAUACACUGCUGCCAGGUCCGAAAACACUGUGAUUGGUGCCGUGCCCUCAUCUGCCGGCAUGAAAAACCCAGUGCCCUCCUGAAGGGAAGGACUGCUUGCUGCCAUUCAGAGACAGUAGUCUGAGGAACUCUGAGGAGGAACUUGGCCUGAAGCAGUCCGCUGAAAGACAAAAAAAAGGCCUUCUUCAGGACAGCAACACUGGGGACACCUGAGACAUGCCAGCAGACCUCUCCUCCUCACCUACAAUCACCUGCACAGCCUUUUGUGUACUGUAGGCCUUCGAGACUGUGUUGAAAACGCUGUCCAUUUGGGACUCUAAAGAAGAAAUCAGUGGUCCAAACUUAAAGACUGGUCAUCCAAGAACUGCAAAGGGUGCCCUUCCUGUUUACCUGCGUCAGGUAUGCACAUCUGUAAGCAGCUGAGUGCAGAUGUGCCAAGUUGCCUCCUGUCCAUCAUAGCUUCUGGGCUGUAUUUCUUCCCAAUGGGCCACCUCCCGGCAAGAGAAUCCUGCUGAACCCUGGAGGUGCUAUUGUUGCCACUGCCUUCUCUGAUCUGCUAAGUGGCAUAGUAAAGUAGAAAAGGAAACAUCCUAUUGUUAUAUGAAGAUAACAGUGUCAGUGGAGCCAUGUUCUCUGGUCAUGAGACCCCCAACCAGCUGGCUGUCUUCUAUGGAUACACGAACAUCUUCCCAGAUAUCACCACCCUCCAAGAUAAUGUCUUAUUUAUUAUGGAAAAUGAUUUUGUUUUUCAUCUCUUAAGCCCAUGCCAAAAGGAUAAACUCCAUCAAACAUCGGUAUUAAUGAUAUAUGUGGCUGGCUGAAAAGUGAGAAUG